AAGUGUCUUGGACUAUUCCCAAUAUUCCAGUUUCCACCCAACAAACUCCCAUUGUCAGAUCCUACACCGUCCAUAAAAAGUUACUCCACUAUCAUUGAUCCCAGAUCUUAUAGGAUUGGAGUAAUAAUUCCAUUCCCAUUUUCCACACAUGGAAAUUGAACUCACUCAACACUCUAUAUAACACACCAUAGUCACCAACUAAUCAUUUCAUCAGCCUCAACAACAACCUCUUUCAAGUCUUCUUUUGCCACUACAACAAACAAAUUUCCAAGUUCAUUUUUUCUUUAGCCAUGGCCACUGCUUCCUCUGCCACUGCUGCUCUUAGAGCAACCAUUUCUUCUUCCUCAUAUAAGCUACCCUCUACCUUUACUACUUCUGUUUCUCAAAAGAUCCAAUCUUUUAAACUCCCUAACCCUCUCAUUUCACAAUCUCUUAAACUUAGCACCUCCACUACUACUUCCAGAUCAUUUUCCUGCAAGAGCCAAAGCAGUUCAACAGAUUCCACAAGUGGUAAAGUUCAAGAAAUUAGCAUCUACGAGCUCAAUGAACGUGACCGUGGUAGCCCUGCUUAUCUUCGAUUGAGCCAAAAGAGUGUCAAUUCACUUGGAGAUCUUGUCCCCUUCAGCAACAAACUAUAUACCGCAGACCUAAAGAAGAGAAUUGGAAUAACGGCAGGACUCUGCAUUCUAAUCAAGCACGAAGAGGAGAAAAAAGGAGAUCGCUAUGAAGCUAUUUACAGCUUCUACUUCGGCGAAUAUGGUCACAUGACCGUUCAGGGACCAUACUUAACCUACGAAGACACUUAUCUCGCCGUUACCGGUGGAUCCGGUAUAUUUGAAGGGGUUACCGGUCAAGUGAAAUUGCAACAAAUUAUCUUUCCGUUCAAGUUAUUCUACACUUUUUACUUGAAGGGUAUUCCAGAUCUGCCAUCGGAGUUGGUAUGUACGGCGGUUCCUCCGUCACCGACGGUGGAACCAACACCUGAAGCUAAAGCUUGUGAGGAAGGGGCCGCACUCAAGAAUUUCACUGAUUGAGUGCGUGUUAGUGGGCAAUAACUACUUUUGUUGGGGUCAUUAUGGAGACUGUAGAAUAAAAAAGCCUUUUUGGUAUCUUAAUUAUUGUUGUUAGGUUGAUUUUGUGCUUAUAUGUAUGCUUAAUUUUCAUUUCCGCAUUUUAUUCUGAUGUAAGUUUAUUCCUUUUGGUACUUGUAGUAUGAUGUCCAGAAAGAGAAAUAUGAAAAAGAAUGAGGGCAAUUUGGUAAUAAUAUCUGGUAGUGCAAGUAAAAUAGUAUUUGUUCAA